AUGAGAACAGAAACUGUGGGCAGUUCAUCUCAUGGAGGGUUGAGCGGCACAGAAAAAAAUACUUUUACUGAAGUGAAACUAGACACAAUUCCUGUCUUUCCCACCAACAAUAAUGUUCACUUUAAAGAAACGUAUAAUGCACUCAUACGUCACUCAUGCAUUAGUGCGGCCAAGCCCACAAUGUCCAGUGGAGGUCAAAUAUUGCGUCUUGGCAUGCGCAGAGAUAAUCAAUAUGUCAGCCUCUUAAGCACUCUGGUUCCUGUAAUUCACUUGAGAGAUGAGAUUCCUCAUGGUGAGCCAUUCUCUCUCUCUCUCUCUCUCUCUCUCUCUCUCUCUCUCUCAUAUCCAUCUUUGGACACAAAACAGAAACACCCAGAUUUCCACUCCUCUCUCAUUGUCCACAGCGCGAGCACUAAUCCGGGGCCAAGAAUGGAGCGUUCGGGCAGGGCCGCAGACGCCAAGGAUGCCUCCCCUAGCAAAACAACUUUCAACUUUCUUAGUUCAGAAGGACAGGAAGGCAAGAAUAAGAAGACGGAGAUGUUUGGCAUCCACCUGGAGAUCGCCGACGUACCGGUGGAGAAGAAAACCACAGGAAAGAUACGUUCCAGUUCAGAUGCUCCCCAUCCUGCCAUGGACACAGACUACCAGGAGGACAUUGAACCUCCUAAACCUCAAUGCAGAAUCAACCCCAACUUCUCCAGACUCAUUCAGGGCGAAGAACCAGACAAUAAACGGAUAAGCAAGAGUUUUACCAUUGAAAGACUGUUCAAGGCGGCAGCCAGCGGGGACAUCAAUCAGCUGCAUGGACUGCACACAUACCUGCAAGCGCAGUCCAAGAUGCUCACCAGCUCCUCAUAUCAGUCCUACGGUAAAACCGCUUUGAUGAAGGCUCUGCUGCACCUCCACGAUGGCAGGAACGAGACCGUGGAGUUACUGAUUGACAUUUCAGAGAAGAUGGGAGACGUCGAGCAAUUUGUGAAUGCAGAAUAUAACAACAGCUACUACAAAGGUCAGACGGCUCUGCACAUUGCCAUUGAGAGGAGAAGUCUGCACUAUGUCCAGCUGCUAGUCAGUAAAGGAGCAGGUGUUCAUGCUAAAGCCUCAGGAAAAUUCUUUCAGCCACAAGACGGAGCCACCUUCUACUUUGGCGAGCUGCCGCUGUCUCUGGCAGCGUGCACCAACCAGCCGGACAUUGUUGACUUCUUGUUGACCAACGAUUACCAGCGUGCACAAGCCCAAAUGACCGACUCCCAUGGAAACACCGUGCUCCACGCCCUGGUGAUGGUGGCCAACACCGAGAACACAGAGUUCAUCUGCAGCAUGUACAACAACAUCCUGAAGAUCGUCUACAGGCUGGACCCCGACCAAAAAGUGGAGGACAUUGAAAACAGCAAGGGGCUCACUCCUCUAAAGCUAGCGGCCAAGACGGGAAAGAAUGGGAUUUUCUCACACAUCUUGAAACGUGAGUUCCCUGACACGGACAACAAACAUCUGUCUCGUAAAUUCACAGAGUGGGUCUAUGGGCCAGUCCAGUGUUCAUUGUACGAUUUGGCCUCCGUGGACUCGUACGAGGCGAACUCCGUCCUGGAGAUCCUGGUCUACGGCAGUGACAUCCCGAACCGGCACGAGAUGCUCCAGACAGAGCCACUGAGUCGACUGCUUGACCACAAGUGGAAGAGCUUUGCAAGUGGGAUGUUUUUUUUCAACUUCCUGGUCUACAUGGUGUACCUGAUCAUCUUCACCAUAUUGUCUUACAACAAGAAGGAUGGAGAGGUUCCGUUUCCUCUGGAGAAGGAUUAUCGAAGCUACCUCUUCCUGUCUGCACAGAUUUUUGUUACACUGUCCAACUGCUACUUCUUCGUUGGUGGGCUAAUAGACAUGAAGCGGAAGCGACCAAAGCUGAUGACUCUGCUCAUCGAUGGAUACUAUGAAAUUCUUUUUUGUGUCCAGUCGGUGCUGUUUCUGGUGUCUGCAGGUCUGUACCUGGUCGGGCGGCAGGAGUACCUAGGCUUUCUGGUGCUAUGUCUGGCCCUCAGCUGGGUCAACCUGCUGUAUUUCUCCAGAGGGGACAAGCACAUGGGCAUCUACAGCAUCAUGAUCCAGAAGAUGAUCCUUGGUGACAUCCUGCGCUUCCUGUUCGUCUAUGUUGUGUUCCUCUUUGGAUUUUCUGCAGCUAUAGUGACACUACUCAUUGAGCCUCCUCCAAAGAACAUUACAAAACAAGUGGGGAGAGGACGCUUUGCUUGGUCUACCUCAGCUCCUGAGGCGGAGUGUGUCAAGCCCACCUACAGAAACAUCUCCUACACCACACUGCAGCUCUUCAAGUUCACUAUUGGCAUGGGAGACAUGGAGUUCACAGAGGGCUACCAGUACAAGGAGGUUUUCUAUAUUCUCCUCAUCGGCUACAUCAUCCUCACAUACAUCUUGCUGCUCAACAUGCUCAUUGCCCUCAUGAACCGCACAGUGGAGAGGAUUACGAUGGACAGCGCAUGCAUUUGGAGGCUACAGAGGGCCAUCACUAUUCUCGACAUUGAGAGGAAAAUUCCCUUUUGUCUGAAGAGCAAACUUCGCUGUGGAGUAGAAAAGGACCUGGGCUCCGUUUCCAGAUCAGACAUUCGCCACUGUUUCAGAGUUGAGGAAGUCAACUGGAACAAAUGGAACACCAACCUGGGAAAAAUUAAUGAGGAGCCUGGCUACUGGGAUGGAACCCAACAACUGUCUGAAAAAUAUCGACUCAACACAGCAAACAGAGGAUGGAGUCGGGGAAACAUCUUUGGCAGGAGCAGCAAGAGUCGGCGACAGCCUGAUUCCACUGAGAUGAAUUUAUUGGAUGUCUGAGAGUCCGUUCAUUCACUUCUAUGGCUCCUUGAGCCCUAAAAAAACACUUUUCCCCAACCUCUCCUGUUGAAGAUGAAGGGCUCUAUCUCUUUUUCAUGUCACGAGAGAUUUCUGGAAGGUGAAACAUCUAAUAAAUAAUAAAUCAUAAUAUGA